AUGUCACUGUCGCUCUUCCUUCGGCGCCGCUCUGAAUGUGGAGGUGUUGCGCCUGCCUCAUUGUCUGCGCGGCUUCGGGAGUGGAUCCGCGGCGCUCGCUCCACUAUAAUCCCGUCUCUCCCGGACUCGCUCACUUCAGCCGUCCGCCAUGGAGACUGCGCGGCGCCUCUCCUCCCGCUCCGACAUCUAACAACUCACGCUUUCGGCCGCGUUUCGUCUGGACGCGUGCGUGACAAGUCGUUUUCUGCUGGAGAAUUUACAAACGUGUGGAAGGACAAGCCCGCAUUAGCAGAGGGAAGGGGCGGUAGACCACAGAGAGCCGGGCAUCGCCUCGGGGCCCCGGAGACUCUGGGCAUCAGCACCCUGGACCCCGGCCACAGACCUCCAGCCAUGCCCCCCGGACGUCAGGUCACCAUCAGGGUCCGCAUGCUGGACGACACGGAGGAGCUGUUUGACGUCUCGAAAAAAGCCUCAGGGAAAACGCUGUUGGACCUGGUGUGCUCCCAUAUGAACCUCAUCGAAGGAGACUACUUUGGCUUGGAGUUUCAGAACCACCAAAAGAUGAUGGUUUGGUUAGACCACAUUAAGCCUGUUAUAAAACAGCUCCGACGGCCGAAGCACACCAUCCUAAGAUUUGCUGUGAAGUUCUUUCCCCCUGAUCACACUCAGUUACUUGAAGAAUUGACAAGAUAUUUAUUCGCUCUUCAGAUCAAGCAGGAUCUUUCUUGUGGUCGCCUCACCUGCAACGACACCAGCGCCGCACUCUUGGUUUCCCAUAUUAUCCAAUCUGAGAUUGGGGACUUCGAGGAGAGCCAGUGCCGGUCACACCUCCUCAACAACUCGUACAUCCCAGAUCAGAUGCCUCUCAUCGACAAGAUCAUGGAAUUUCACUCAAAGCAUAUAGGUCAGACACCAGCAGAAGCAGACUAUCAUUUACUGGAGGUGGCCCGGAGGUUGGAGAUGUACGGGAUUCGGCUGCACCCCGCCAAAGACCGGGAGGGGUCGAGUUUGAGCUUAGCAGUGGCACACACGGGCGUCCUGGUCUUUCAGGGACAUACCAAGAUCAACGCCUUCAACUGGUCGAAAGUGCGGAAACUGAGCUUCAAGCGGAAACGGUUUCUUAUCAAGUUGCGACCGGACCUGAAUGUACGUGACAAGAGCUCAUACCAGGAAACACUAGAGUUCUUAAUGGCCAGCCGCGACUGCUGUAAAGUUUUUUGGAAGAUCAGUGUCGAGUACCACGCCUUUUUCCGCCUUUUCGAGGAGCCCAAACCCAAGCGUAAGCCUGUGCUCAUGUCGCGGGGGUCGUCGUUUCGAUUCAGUGGGCGAACACAGAAGCAGGUGAUUGACUACGUGAGGGAGUCGGAGUUUAAGAAGAUCCCGUUUGAAAGGAAGCACAGCCGGGUCCAGUACAACUCACGAGCGCCUCAUCACGUCAGAUUGUCACCUUUGCCUUCACCCAGACACCAUGAAGUGCCAGACCUCGGCGUCCCUGGAGAGAGACUGGAAUCCCCUCAUCGUCACUGGAAAGACUCGGUGGUGGUGAGCGCGGAGGACCCUGCUCUCUCCCGGAUCACACGAGCCAGUCCAUACCACCACCGGAACGGCCACGAGGAGCGGCCCACCACCAGACCAUCUGCGGAGACCCACCGGAGUCCAGCCAGGCCCACCAACAUGGACGGCCCCAACAUAGGUGUAGUGACCCCGCAGAAGCCCGUGUCCCCGUCCCACUCCCUGGGGCUGGUGAACGGGCAGAAGUCGUUGGACAUGUGUAGCCUGAGCCCCGAAGGCCGCCAGCCCUCCCCCCUCACCAGCCCCCUGCUCCACGACGCCUGCAGCAUCCGCACAGACGACGAGGACGAUCUGCGGAGGAAGCGGUUUCCCACAGACAAAGCCUACUUCAUCGCCAAGGAGCUGCUGACGACGGAGAGGACGUACGUCAAAGACCUGGAGGUGAUCACGGUGUCUUUCCAGAGCGCCAUCGGGAAAGACGAGGCCACCCCCGACUCGCUGAAGACCACCCUGUCCUCCACGUUCGAGCCGCUGCACAGAUUCCACACAGGGUUUCUCCGAGAGGUGGAGCAGAGGCUGGCUCUCUGGGAAGGACGGUCAAACGCCCACAUCAAAGGAGAUUACCAGCGCAUUGGAGAUGUAAUGUUAAAGAACCUACAAGCCUUAAAGCCUCUGACGAGCAGCCUGCAGCAUCAGUCCGACAUCCUGGUGGAGCUGGAGAAAGCGUGCCGACUGUCGCGGAGGCUGGAGACGCUGUGUCGAGACUUUGAGCUGCAGAAAGUCUGUUACAUCCCUCUCAACGUGUUCAUCCUGAGGCCUUUGCACCGGCUCCUGCACUACAAGCAGAUCCUGGAGCGCCUCUGCAAGCACUACACUGCCACUCAUGUCGACUUCAGAGACUGCAGAGCGGCUUUAGCUGACGUAUCAGAAGUAGUGGACCAGCUCCAGACGAGCUUAAUCAAGAUGGAGAACUUCCAGAAAGUUUUAGAGCUAAAAAAAGAUUUAAUUGGCGUGGACAAUCUCGUCGUUCCAGGGCGGGAGUUCAUUCGGUUAGGAUGCCUUAGCAAGUUGUCUGGAAAAGGUCUUCAGCAGCGAAUGUUUUUCUUGUUCAGUGACGUUAUAUUGUACACAAGUCGAGGCAUGACAUCGACCAAUCAGUUUAAAGUCCAUGGACAACUACCACUCCAAGGAAUGACAAUCAGAGAGAGUGAAGAGGAGUGGGGGGUGCCUCAUGCCUUCACACUGGUGGGACAGCAGCAGUCGGUGGUAGUAGCAGCAAGUUCACUGUCAGAAAUGGAAAAGUGGAUAGAAGAUUUAAAGACGGCAAUAGAAAUGGUUCAAACCAGCAACGGCCCCUCGACAGAUCUGCUGAUGAGCAACCUGAACGACAACAAAAGUCCGGAAGAGUCCACAGCAGACGCAGACUCUGAGGACGAGACGCCGCACGUGCCUUCCGAGCGCUCCUCCCCUCACCGCGGUAACACCAUGGUGCAUGUGUGCUGGCACCGGAACACCAGUGUGUCUAUGAUGGACUAUAGCAUGGCCGUGGAGAACCAGUUGUCUGGAAACCUCUUGAGGAAGUUUAAAAACAGCAACGGCUGGCAGAAGCUCUGGGUGGUCUUUACCAACUUCAGCCUGUUUUUCUACAAAUCGCACCAGGACGACUACCCUCUGGCCAGUCUUCCACUGCUGGGAUACUCUGUCACUGUCCCCAACGAAACAGAAAAUAUUCACAAGGAUUAUGUAUUUAAGCUGCAUUUCAAGUCCCACGUGUACUACUUCAGAUCCGAGAGUGAAUACACGUUUGAAAGGUCCCGUGUUCUAUGGGAGCUGUCAGUGGGAGAAGAAUGCCACAGUACACAAAACAUGACGCUGUCCGGAAUAAUGUAUUCCUCCAUGCGACGUGUGGCCCAGAAGGAGGAGAAGAAGUCUGAUUCAUAA